CCGCACUCAGACCGAGUCAAAGUUUCUGGAAGCUGCUGCGCCUGAGAUCCGACAAGUGAGAUGACCAAUCACUCUGUGCACACCAACGGCAUGCAGGGCCUCCGGAAGGAGCACCUGUACAAGGUGCUGGUCAUCGGAGACCUGGGGGUCGGGAAGACUUCCAUCAUCCGGCGGUACGUCCACCAGAACUACUCCACCAACUACCGGGCCACCAUCGGUGUGGACUUCGCCCUGAAGGUGUUGAACUGGGACUCUGAGACUGUCCGGCUCCAGCUGUGGGACAUUGCAGGUCAGGAACGUUUUGGAAACAUGACCCGAGUUUACUACCGCGAAGCCAUGGGAGCCUUCAUAGUGUUUGAUGUGACAAGGUCUUCAACCUUUGAGGCCGUCAUCAAGUGGAAAGAGGACCUGGAUUCCAAACUAAUGCUGACCAAUGGACAGAGCAUUGCCACUGUGCUACUGGCUAACAAGUGCGACCAGGGCAGGGAGUUGACCAGCAACGGCAUCAAAAUGGACCAGUUCUGCAAGGAUCAUGGGUUCAUCGGAUGGUUUGAGACCUCGGCUAAGGAUAAUCUCAAUAUUGGUGAAGCUGCAAACUUCCUGGUAAAGCACAUCAUGGCAACAGAGAAUGACAUCAUGAAAAGCGUGGUACCAGACACCAUCUCACCUCAGCUUGACUCCAACAGGCAGAUAAACUGCUCUGGCUGCUUUAAAUGAGGGAAGGAGACAGAACAGAAUGGAAAGACACUAGUACAAAAAAGCGACAGGCACACCACGCAGCCUUCCAAGGAAAUCAAAGUAAACAUCGGCUUCUUUGGUCCAAACCAAGGGUUAAAGAUUUUAUUUUGGUGACUGUUUGUGGUUUGUUUGUUCUCAAUGCCCAAUUAUAAGAGAAACAGAAUAAACAAAAUUCACAUGGACUAAGAAGUAGGAAGCACAACUUUUAGUGACUCGUCAUACUGUGAGUUUAAAGUUUUUGGCAGACAAUCAAGUAUAACUUCAGCCCUUUUCUAUGCUAUUUGGCAGGGUUAUUCAAAGUAUAAAGCUGUUCUUUUCAGCUGCUCAAGAUUAGUCAAAAGGUUUACUUUGAAAAAGGUCUGGCAACUGGCCCUCAACGUGCAGAACCAAACUGAACAAGUGUAGGAAAUGCUCCAAAAUUUCCUGAUGCAACACAUUCAAAGGUGUGCAGCAUUUACAGAAUGCAAGCAGGAGUUGUGUUGUUGGUUCUUCGCCACUUCAAGCAACUGUGAUUGUGAAGCUGUUCUCCCUCCUUUUACCUUCACCUCCACCUUAACCCGGUGAAAAAAACAGCGUGGUUGACAUACAGGCUUCCAUUACAUACUCUGCAAGAGCCAAAGGCUGUGUAAUUACUGUGAAUUUUGCACACACAUGUUUUUUUAUUAUGAGUUUAAGUUAUUUACAGUAUGCUUUUAUUAGAGUUAUCAUGUUUAAUGUAUUAUGUUAUUCUGCGUAAAAAUAAAUAAUAAUAAUCUGUGUUAUUUUUCUUCAUCAGAAGGACAAUUGUGUUGAUUGUCUGCAUGUAAACUGGACUUUCACAUGAGUUCACUUGCCAAAGCCUAACCCUCUGUAUCCAUGGUAACUAGAUCAUUUUUAUGGUUAUUUUCAACAUCCGCGAGAAGCUAUUUCCAACACACACACACACACAUGCUCACAGUUUUUUUUCUCCCUCCCUGUCCUAUCUUUUUUACAUUACCUUUUCUCCACUCCCACUCCAUCAUCAGUUAUUGUUUGUAUCCUGAAAAAUUCUCCGUCCUCUCGAAAUAUGGCUGCUUUCAGUGUCUUUCUUUAGCAGAAUAUGUCCCCAGACCCACUUUUCCCUAUUUCUCUGAUUCACAUAGCUCACAGUACGUGCAGCAUAUUAUAUAAACCCGCACAGGCUCGACUACACAUCCAGAGAUGGAGUACUUUCAUUGAUCUUCCAACGAGUUGACUCUGUGAAGUUGUUUUCCUCUUUUUGGUGACCUUGCACCCC